GCCGCUGCGCCCCGUCUCCCCCGCCGGCUCCGGCGAACUUGGGGGAAUUCGCGGCCAUCCGUCCCCUUGCCAUUUUUGGAUGCGUUUUAUAGCCGAUUUUUUUUUUUUCUUGGGGAGGAAAAAAAAAAGGAAAAGAGAAGACCCGGCGGUGCUCCUCCGCGCGGCAGCGGGACGGGGCACGGUGGGGUGAAGGGAGCGACAAUGCCAUCAUGUUUUUGAGACAGGAAGCCUCCGAGUUUGCCCUGAAUGAAGAACUUCCUGUGUUUAAACUUGCACGAAUAUCCGCUGACAAGCUCAGUUCAAAUGAAAACACGAGAGUCGGGGGGAGAGGCUAAUUUGGAGCAGCUGGACUGUGCGGGACGGCAGCGGGUGGAGGACGCGAGGAGCCACGGUUUGUGCACUGCCCGGACCUUUGCUGCUAGAGGGGGACACACGGGAUAAAUCAGCCACUCCGAACACCUCCGCAUCUCCUAUUGCAAACGGUGAUCGGGAACAUUUAUCGGAGCUGUCGUACUCGUCGGGUUUUGCUGGCAGAUGGCUUUUUGGGGAUGAGAGGUGCUGUUCUGCUGCCCGAGACCCACGGUGUGGCUGUGCAUCGGCCCUAUCGGCCCGCGGCCCCACAGCUCCGCCUGGCUGGGUCCAACGCGGUGUGAUGGUCCCUGCGGCGCCGGGCGUGAGGUUGACGGGGAGCUUCUGUCAUCCGUAAGGGUGAGAGCAUGGGCAAACCACUGAGCAGGCCAGACUGUCUACGGCAGAACCGCACUUGCCUGGGGAAGGGUGAGGAGGAGGACGGCUACAUAGAGGACUGCUACGUGCCCCAGCGCUCCAUAUACGACACGAUGAGAAUCAAUGAGCAAAUCGACCAGGGAUCGAAGCUCAACCAGCUUUCGAAGAGCACCCUCGGCAAGGGGGAUGGCAGCACCAUCUCCAGCAAUGGGACACUGGGAGCUGCCAACGUCUUUGAGCCGAGGGCGCCCGAGGCGAAGAAGCUGGACGAGCGAGUCAUCUUCGACGCGCUGAAGCUCAGCAGCGACAUCUCCAAGCCGGCGCCGCCUCCACCCCGCAGGCGGCCAAACCCUGAGAGGAAGGAGAACGUGAAUCGGCGGUCAUGGAAAUCCUUCAUGCCACCCAACUUCACCGAGUUUGCAGAGAGGAUGGGGGCCUCACUCAGCGAGGUGUCGGAAGCGGGUGCCUCCAACCCCUCACUGCGGGAUAAGAGGGACUCCAGUGCUCUGCUGGCUGAGCACGCUGGGCAGCCCGACCGCAGCGAGCCCAUGUCCGAGUCGCUCACUUUGGAGCACGUGUCCAAGUCAUCUGGCACAACGGAAGCUGUGCAGUUUGCCGCAGACUCCUAUGGCUGUGCUGCAGAUGAGCGCCAGCCCCUGCUGCCUGCUGGUGAUGGCCAUGCUCGAGCCACAGAGCUGGCCAGGGCUCGCCUGCUGCCCAGUGCCACGUGGCCGCGGGCCAGGAAGAACUUCCCCAAGGCCAGCGUUGGCAAUGGGCGACAGGAGACCCUGGAGGCUUCCGAGUCGGACUGCACAGUGGAGAACGUCAACCUUUCCCCAUGCCUGAGCGAGGAGCUCCUGGAUGCGGGACUGAAUAUUCUCAUUACCACCAAUCUCAGAGAAAAAACUGAGUCUGAGCUGAGAUUUGAGGAGGACGAGCGCUGGGUGAUGAUGGAGGAGUGGGAGGAGGCGACGCUGUCAGAGAGAGGAAAGGCUGUGCUGGUGGCAGAGGAAAAGAAGAGCUGUUGCUUGGCAGAUAUUUCUGAAGAAAGGGAACACUUCACUGCUCCUGGGGACAGCUCUGCCCCCAGCCCAGGCACUGUGCAGCCCUGCAGCCCCCAGGGCAGUGCCAGCAGCCCCACUGCCGGCAGUGCAUGCUGCACUGAGGAUGUGGCAGUGCAGUGCGAGGCCACAGACUUUGCUGCAGGUUUGGAGCGCUCGGCCAGCCCCGCCAUCCCCGAGCUGUCUGAUACAGACUCAGUGCAGAUGUUCCUGGAGCUGGAGGAGCAGUGUCUGAAUGAGGAUGAGGGUGAUGGGGCCAUUCCUGCCCUCCUGGGUGCUCGGUUCUCCCCAGUGGACUCGGAGGGGCUGGACCCAGGUUUGGAGAAACUGACAGGGACAGCAGAUGAAGCACGUGAGCCCAUGGCCCCGUUGGAAGUCAGUGCUUCAGACUCUGCUGUUGUGUCAGAUCUGGAGGACUUUGAUAUCACCUGCAGCUCACAGGUGCUGAGCACAAUGGAGCCGGUGACAGAGCCCUUCUCUGAAAGGGACACCUUGGCCAUCACCCCAACGGACUCGGAUGGAGGGACCUCGCCCAGCCCUAUGGCCACAGUGGGGAUGGACUCCAGCCAGCAGUGCUUGCUAGCUCUGGUAGAGGAUGCACCUGACCCACUGGCAGACGUGGGGCCCAUGGGCUGUGCAGCGGCAGUGCUGGUGGCUGCUACAGUGGUAUCUCCUGAGACUGGUUUGUGUCCAGCCUUCAGCCUCGAGGGAGCUGCUCACCCUGGUGUCCCCAUGAGGUGGGAAGGCGACCACCAAGACUUGUUUGUCCCCUCUGAUGAAGUGCCGCAGUGCCCUGAGGAGCCCUCUCCUGUCUCAGUAUCCCCAUCCUGGCUGUCUCCCUGCCAGCCCCCAGCCCCUGGCACGGUGGCCGAGGGGCUGGGGUCCCCUGUGCAGUACCACGAGGCCAUUGCUGGAGGGAAGGACCCAUCAUACAUUUGUCACCUUCUGCCUGGAAGGACUGAGCUUGCCAGCUACAAUGUCCCAGAACUGCUUUCUGAGGACAAAGCCAUGGAUUUGGGAAAGGAAAGCGAUGGAUCUGGGGGCCAAACUUGCUCAGAAGACAAGCACUGUCCCGGCAGUCCUCUGCCACCAUUCCACACGGGCUCUGCAUCCCAGCCAGGCUCUGAGGCUGCAGUGCUGCCCUCAGCACCUGCAGAGGAGCACCUGUGGGACGCGGUGACCUCAGGGCUGGAAGGCUGUCCUUGCACUGAGGGGUCGCCGGCGGAGGUGGCUGUCCUGCAGCCAGGAGACCUGGCCCUGCUGUUCGCCUGCAGCUGGGAGGAGCGGCCGUGCCUUGCCGUGGGGAGCAGUGCUGUCAUCCCAGAAGGGCUCGGCACGUCACCUGCCGCUCUCAGUGCCGCUCUGUGGGGCCCGGAGGGGCUUCCAGCUCUGGCUGACCCAGCAGUGCUGGGGGACCUGGAGGUGCCGGAGCCCUGGGCUCAAGCGGCAGCGCCGGGUGCUGGGGGUUUUACUGUGGAUGCUGAGGAGCCUUGCGCUGAGCACCCGCCCCUGGGUGCCAGCGCCGCCGCUGUGCCCUUGGUGGUGGAGGAGCUUCUGGAGGCCCCGCCGCCAUUUGCUGAUGUCCCUGUUGGCUCUGUGCCGCCACCACCAGAGGCCGACCGGCUCCUCACAGGUGCCAGGGACUUCGGCGGCAGCCCGGUGCUGCUGCUCGCUGCCUGGCAGGAUGCAGGUGACUCUGCCGCCGUGGAGCAGCUGCUCAACAGAGCGCUGACUUUGCAGGAUGAGCCCGUUGCUGUGGGGGCCGCUCUGGAUGGGGCCGAGGGCUGCACGCCGGGCCCUGUGGGGUCAGAGCCGGUGCCCGUGGGCUGCUUGGGACCCCCUGCCUCCGCCCCCCGCGCAGAAGGGCCUCCUGCUCCAGCAGAUGGAUUCGUUCCAGAUAAUGAGCUGUUCCAGAAGGAGCAAGUGGAUCCUCUCCAGCUAAAGCUGCAGCAAGUGAACGGAGUUGGCCAAGGACUCAUCCAAAGCGCCGGGAAGAACUGUGAUGUCCAAGGGCUGGAACAUGACAUGGAAGAGAUCAACACCCGCUGGAACACCCUCAACAAGAAGGUGGCCCAGAGGAUCGCCCAGCUGCAGGAGGCCCUGCUGCGCUGCGGGAAGUUCCAGGAUGCCCUGGAGCCGUUGCUGAGCUGGCUGGCUGACACCGAGGAGCUCAUCUCCAACCAGAAACCUCCGUCGGCUGAGUACAAGGUGGUGAAAGCGCAGAUCCAGGAGCAGAAGCUGCUCCAGCGACUCCUGGAUGAUCGCAAAGCCACCGUUGAGAUGAUCCAAGCAGAGGGCGGGCGCAUCGCGCAGUCAGCUGAGCCCGCAGACCGGGAGAAGAUCAGCGGGCAGCUGCAGAGCCUGGAGAGCCGCUGGGCAGCGCUGCUGUGCCGGGCGGCAGGCAGGCAGAAGCAGCUGGAGGACAUCCUGGUGCUGGCGAAGCAGUUCCACGAGACCACAGAGCCCGUGUCAGACUGGCUGUCGGUGACGGAGAAGAAGUUGGCCAACUCGGAGCCCAUCGGCACGCAGACCGCCAAGAUCCAGCAGCAGAUCAGCCGGCACAAGGCUCUAGCGGAGGACAUAGAGGCCCACGCGGCCGACGUGGCCCACGUGGUGCAUGUGGGGCGGGGGCUGUCCGCCCUGAGCUGCGCCGCCGAGCAGCGGCUGCUGGCAGAGAAGUUGGACUCUCUGCAGGGCCGAUACGGGGAGGCCCGCGAGCGGUGCUGCCGGAAGGCGGCUCUGCUGGAGCAGGCCCUGUGUAACGCCCGGCUCUUUGGGGAGGAGGAGGUGGAAGUGCUCAACUGGCUGGCUGAGGUCGAGGACAAGCUCAGCUCGGUAUCCGUAAAGGAUUACAAACGGGACGUCCUGCAGAAGCAGCAUGCUGACCAGCUGGCUCUGAACGAGGAAAUUGUGAACAGGAAGAAGAAUGUGGACCAAGCCAUCAGAAAUGGGCAGGCUCUCCUGAAGCAAACCACAGGGGAGGAGGUGUUGCUCAUCCAGGAGAAGCUGGAUGGGAUCAAGACCCGCUACUCGGACAUCACCGCCUCCAGCUCCAAGGCGCUGCGCACACUGGAGCAGGCUCGCCAGCUGGCCACCAAGUUCCAGUCCACACAUGAGGAACUCAAUGCCUGGAUGAGCAAAGUGGAGGAUGAGCUGGCGUCCAGCGGGGGACAGUCCCCAGCCAGCGAGCAGAUACCCCAGUUCCAGCAGAGGCAGAAGGAGCUGAAGAAGGAGGUGAUGGAGCAGCGGCUCGUCCUGGACACGGUGAACGAGGUGAGCCGGGCGCUGCUGGAGCUCGUGCCGUGGCGAGCCCGCGAGGGGCUGGACAAGCUGGUCUCCGACACCAACGAGCGCUACAAGCUGGUCAGUGACACCGUCAGGCAGCGGGUGGAGGAGAUCGAUGCUGCCAUUCAAAGGUCCCAGCAGUACGAGCAGGCGGCCGACGCUGAGCUGGCCUGGGUGGCUGAGACCAAGCGGAAGCUGAUGGCGCUCGGAGCCAUCCGGCUGGAGCAGGACCAGACCACAGCCCAGCUGCAGGUGCAGAAGGCUUUUUCCAUCGACAUUAUUCGGCACAAAGACUCCAUGGAUGAGCUGUUCAGCCAACGCAGUGAGAUCUUUGGGACGUGUGGGGAAGAGCAGAAAGCUGUUCUGCAGGACAAAACAGAGUCCCUGGUGCAGCAGUACGAGGCGGUGAGCCAGCUCAACUCGGAGCGCUACGCUCGCCUGGAGCGCGCGCAGGUCCUGGUCAACCAGUUCUGGGAGACAUACGAGGAGCUGAGCCCCUGGAUCGAGGAGACGCAGGCCCUGAUCUCCCAGCUGCCCCCUCCGGCCAUCGACCACGAGCAGCUCAAGCAGCAGCAGGAGGACAUGAGGCAACUGAGAGAGUCUAUUGCUGAACAUAAACCUCAUAUCGACAAGCUGUUGAAAAUCGGACCACAGCUCAAGGAUCUCAACCCUGAGGAAGGGGAGAUGGUGCAGAAGAAGUACUUGGCAGCAGAGGCCAUGUAUGCCAGAAUCAAGGAGGAGGUGUGUCAGCGGGCUCUGGCACUCGAUGAAGCCGUCUCGCAGUCCACCCAGAUUACGGAGUUCCACGACAAGAUCGAGCCGAUGCUGGAGACGCUGGACGCCCUGUCCUCCCGCCUGCGUGUGCCGCCCCUCAUCCCUGCCGAGGUCGAUAAGAUCCGGGAGUGCAUCAGCGAGAACAAAAACGCCACGGUGGAGCUGGAGAAGCUGCAGCCUUCCUUUGAGGCUCUGAAGCGGCGCGGGGAGGAGCUGGUCGGCAGGUCGCAGGGCGCAGAUAAGGACCUGGCAGCAAAAGUAAUCCAGGAUAAGUUGGAUCAGAUGGUCUUCUUCUGGGAAGACAUCAAAGCUCGGGCAGAGGAACGUGAGAUGAAGUUCCUUGAUGUCCUGGAGCUUGCAGAGAAGUUCUGGUAUGACAUGGCAGCCCUCCUGACUACCAUCAAAGACACGCAGGACAUCGUUCAUGACCUGGAGAGCCCAGGGAUUGACCCAUCCAUCAUCAAGCAGCAGGUGGAAGCAGCAGAGACUAUUAAGGAGGAAACGGAUGGCUUGCACGAAGAGCUGGAGUUCAUCCGACUCCUUGGAACUGAUUUAAUUUUUGCCUGUGGUGAAACGGAGAAACCAGAAGUGAAAAAGAGCAUUGACGAGAUGAACAAUGCAUGGGAAAACCUAAACAAAACUUGGAAGGAGAGGCUUGAGAAGCUUGAAGAGGCCAUGCAGGCGGCUGUGCAAUACCAGGAUACUCUUCAAGCCAUGUUUGACUGGCUGGAUAACGCUGUGAUUAAGCUGUGCAACAUGUCUCCUGUGGGCACCGACCUCAACACGGUUAAGGAGCAGAUGAAUGAGAUGAAGGAGUUUAAAAUGGAAGUUUACCAGCAGCAGAUUGAGAUGGAAAAGCUUAAUCACCAAGGUGAACUGAUGCUAAAAAAAGCUACAGAUGAGACAGACAGAGACAUCAUAAAGGAGCCACUGACAGAGCUGAAACAUCUCUGGGAGAACUUGGGUGAGAAGAUUGCUCACAGACAGCACAAGCUCGAAGCCGCCCUCCUGGCCCUUGGUCAGUUCCAGCACGCGCUGGCAGAGCUGAUGGCCUGGCUGACCCACACCGAGGAGCUGCUCGAUGCGCAGAAGCCCGUCAACGGAGACCCAAAAGUCAUCGAGGUUGAACUUGCAAAGCACCACGUGCUGAAGAAUGAUGUCCUGGCCCACCAAGCAACUGUGGAGACAGUGAACAGAGCAGGCAACGAGCUCCUGGAAUCGAGCGCAGGGGACGACGCCAGCAGCCUUCGGAACCGCCUGGAGGGGCUGAACGCGUGCUGGGAGGCAGUGCUGCAGAAGACAGAGGAGAGGGAGCAGCAGCUGCAGUCCACUCUGCAGCAGGCCCAGGGUUUCCAUGGUGAGAUUGAAGACUUCCUCCUGUGGCUAACGAGAAUGGAGAGCCAAUUGUCUGCAUCGAAACCCACAGGAGGGCUGCCAGAAACUGCCCGGGAGCAGCUCAAUGCCCACAUGGAGCUGUACGGGCAGCUGAAAGCACAGGAGGACGUGUACAGCCAGCUGCUGGCCAAGGGGCGGCUGAUGCUGCUGAACCGCGACGACUCGAGCGCAGGCUCCAAGACGGAGCAGAGCGUCGCGCUGCUGGAGCAGAAGUGGUGUCUGGUCAGCACCAAGAUGGAGGAGAGAAAGGCAAAGCUGGAGGAGGCUCUCGCCCUGGCCACGGACUUCCAGAACUCCCUCCAGGACUUCAUCAACUGGCUGACGCUGGCCGAGCAGAGCCUGAACAUCGUGCCUCCUCCCAGCCUCAUCCUCAAUGCCGUGCUGGCCCAGAUUGAUGAACACAAGGUGUUCGCCAAUGAAGUGAACGCUCAUCGGGAUCGCAUCAUCGAGCUGGACCAAACGGGGAACCAGCUGAAGUUCCUCAGUCAAAAGCAGGACGUGGUGCUGAUCAAGAACCUGCUGGUGAGCGUCCAGUCCCGCUGGGAGAAGGUGGUGCAGCGCUCUGUGGAGCGGGGCCGGGCUCUGGAUGACGCCAGGAAGCGAGCCAAGCAGUUCCACGAAGCUUGGAAGAAACUGAUUGAUUGGCUGGAGGAUGCAGAGAAUCACCUGGACUCCGAGUUGGAGAUUUCCAACGAUCCUGACAAAAUCAAGCUCCAGCUCUCCAAACACAAGGAGUUCCAGAAGACACUGGGUGGGAAGCAGCCUGUCUACGACACCACUAUCAGGACGGGCAGAGCCCUCAAGGAGAAAGCUUUGCUUCCAGACGACACUCAAAAGCUGGACAACUUAUUGGGAGAAGUCCGGGAUAAAUGGGACACAGUGUGUGGCAAAUCUGUGGAAAGGCAGCACAAGCUGGAAGAAGCCCUCCUGUUCUCUGGGCAGUUCAUGGAUGCGCUGCAGGCCUUGGUGGACUGGCUGUACAAGGUGGAGCCUCAGCUGGCUGAAGAUCAGCCCGUCCACGGCGACCUGGACCUGGUCAUGAACCUGAUGGACGCUCACAAGGUCUUCCAGAAGGAGCUGGGGAAGCGCACUGGGACAGUGCAGGUGCUGAAGCGCUCCGGCCGGGAGCUGAUAGAGAACAGCCGGGAUGACACCACGUGGGUGAAAGUACAGCUGCAGGAGCUGAGCAACCGCUGGGACACCGUGUGCAAGCUGUCGGUGUCCAAGCAGAGCCGCCUGGAGCAGGCCUUGAAGCAGGCGGAGGAGUUCCGGACGGCCGUGCACAUGCUGCUGGAGUGGCUCUCGGAGGCUGAGCAGUCCCUGCGCUUUCGGGGAGCGCUUCCUGAUGAUGCUGAAGCACUGCAGUCCCUCAUUGAUGUGCACAAGGAAUUCAUGAAGAAAGUAGAGGAGAAAAGGGUGGAUGUGAAUGCGGCAGUGGGAAUGGGAGAGGUCAUUCUGUCUGCCUGCCAUCCUGACUGCAUCACCACCAUCAAGCACUGGAUCACCAUCAUCCGCGCCAGGUUUGAGGAGGUCCUCACGUGGGCCAAGCAGCACCAGCAGAGGUUGGAGGCUGCACUCUCAGAGCUGGUGGCGAAUGCAGAGCUUCUGGAGGAGCUCCUGGCCUGGAUCCAGUGGGCUGAGACCACCCUGAUCCAGAGGGAUCAGGAGCCGACACCGCAGAACAUCGAUCAGGUCAAAGCCCUCAUCGCUGAGCACCAGUCCUUCAUGGAGGAGAUGACAAGGAAACAGCCAGACGUGGACCGGGUCACCAAGACCUACAAGAGGAAAGCGACCGAACCGCCCCACGGAGCCCUCAUUGACAAGUCCCGCAGCAACAGAAAAUCCUUGACCCAGGCCGCCCCUCCCGCCAUGCCCAUCAUCUCCCAGUCGGAAACCAAGAACCCCCGCAUCAACCAGCUCUCAGCCCGCUGGCAGCAGGUCUGGCUGCUGGCCCUGGAGCGCCAGCGGAAGCUCAAUGAUGCCCUGGACCGACUGGAGGAGCUGAAGGAGUUUGCAAACUUCGACUUCGAUGUCUGGCGGAAGAAAUACAUGCGCUGGAUGAACCACAAGAAGUCCCGUGUGAUGGAUUUCUUCCGGCGCAUCGACAAGGACCAGGACGGGAAGAUCACCAGGCAGGAGUUCAUCGAUGGCAUCCUGGCCUCCAAAUUCCCCACCACGAAGCUGGAGAUGACGGCUGUGGCCGACAUCUUUGACCGUGACGGUGACGGUUACAUCGACUACUACGAGUUUGUGGCUGCUCUCCAUCCCAACAAGGACGCGUACCGCCCGACCACCGACGCGGACAAAAUUGAGGAUGAGGUCACCAGGCAAGUGGCUCAGUGCAAGUGUGCCAAGAGGUUCCAAGUGGAGCAGAUCGGCGAGAACAAAUACCGGUUCUUCCUCGGCAACCAGUUCGGUGAUUCCCAGCAGCUGCGGCUGGUCCGGAUCCUGCGCAGCACCGUCAUGGUCCGCGUCGGCGGAGGCUGGAUGGCCCUGGAUGAGUUCCUAGUGAAGAAUGACCCCUGCAGAGCACGAGGACGGACCAACCUCGAGCUCCGGGAGAAGUUCAUCCUGCCGGAGGGCGCCUCACAGGGCAUGACGCCGUUCCGCUCGCGGGGCCGCAGGUCCAAACCGUCCUCCCGGGCGGCGUCCCCAACACGCUCCAGCUCCAGCGCCAGCCAGAGCAACCACAGCUGCGCCUCGAUGCCGUCGUCUCCCGCAACCCCAGCCAGCGGAGCCAAGACUCCUCAUCACUUCUCUCGAUGUUAUGACAAACCCUGGUUGAUAAACAGUAAAGCGGGCUCCCCGCUGCGGGGAUCUGAUUACCCCGACCUCCAGCUCCCCAGCUCUGAGGUGACGCCGGGAGCGGGCAGCAAACUGAAGCGUCCCACCUUCCACUCCAGCCGCACCUCGCUGGUUGGGGACACCAGCAACAGCUCCUCGCCCGUCUCCUCGGGGGCCAAAAGCGGCCGGGCAGACCCCAAGAAAGCCGCCAGCCGCCCCACCAGCCGCGCCGGCAGCCGCGCGGGCAGCAGAGCCAGCAGCCGCCGGGGCAGCGACGCGUCGGACUUCGACCUGCUGGAGACGCAGUCUGCGUGCUCCGACACCUCAGAGAGCAGCGCGGCCGGCUCCCGCCGCGGCGCAAAGCCUUCCAAAAUCCCCACCAUGUCCAAGAAGACGAGCACUGCCACCCCCAGAACGCCGGGCCCCAAGAGAUAAUGCUGCACCCGCGCCCUCCGGCCACGCGAGCCUCACCGCGUCCGAUUUUUAACCCCGCUCAUACAUUGGAUGUAUAUUUAUUCUAAAUGGGAGAAGCUAUAUUGUUAAAAGUGUAAAAGAAAGUCGUGUUAUGGAGCUGCCUUACUUGGUUGGUUUUUUUUCUGUUGUUUUUUUUUGUUUUGUUUUUUUGUUUUUUUUUUCUUUUUUGUAAGUUACGAUUUUCAUGUGAAUAUUUAUGUAGAUAAAAACAAAAAACAAAAACAAAAACAAAACGUUGCCUCUCGGUGCCCGCAGUCCGGAGAGGGGCGGAAAACGGAGACGUGGGAGAGAAAAAGAGAAAAAAAGGAAACAAAAAAGGUCAAGAUGUGAAAGUGUACAAAAGGCGGAGGUUUGAACAGGAUCUCUGCGCGGUGCAGGGGGCGGACCUGCGCUGUCUUUUAGGAUUGUUUCCUAAAUGCAUCUUUAUAAACUUAACUUGCUGUCUCAGCAAGGUAAAUUAUAUUUAAAAGCAAAGACCUGAAUCCUACAGUGUUCAAGGAACUCUUUUUGUAAACCAAUACCUCAGGCGGAGACACGCGAGGUGUGGGGACUUCUGGGGGCUUCUGUUUCCACGCGUUCUUUUUUUUAAGCGAUGUGAUUUUACCCGGGCUCUGGGAUGGGAUUUGCACGCAGCACGGGUUGCGGCGGCCCCUUGCAGCCGCUGUGCUGAGUGAUGGCUGAGCGCCUCUGGGCUGUAAGGAGCACUGGGGGCUCGGGGCCGCUGCGGGUUGGGAUCCCUCACGUCCCACGGCGGCGGCGGGUUCUGCAGGUUGGAGGAUUCUUCUGCUGUGAUGACCUCAGAGACCGACCCGGCGCCUUCGCCCGCACCUCCUUUCCUAUUUAUUACUUCUCCGGCCAUCCCACUUCCAACCGGGCGACCUCUGCUCCUAGGAGAAAUCUGGACUUUCGCGCACAGCUGCUUGUCGUUGAAACGAGUCUCACCAGCACAUCGCUGCACGUCCUGCCCGGCUUCUGUGCGCCCUUCGUAAUGGCACCGAACUGAGUGGCCGGGGGCUGCGGGGAGUGGGCUCUGCGGAGCCCCUGUAUUUAUUGAAUGGUGUUCCUCUCCGGCUCUGACCGUGUUGCUGUGUGAUUCUCUCAAUUGGUUUAAAUUGAGGCAAAAAAACCCUGAAGCUCUACCAAUGAAUUGUUUAAAAAAAGAAAACAGACACAUUUUUGUAUUACGAUUGCUUGCGGUAAUAAACAAUCUUGCCUCCUA